UACAUAUCUCACGUUGAUGCACAGUAUAAACAGAGCAUCCGGAAGGCACAUUCCUAGGCUUGCUUUCCUUAGAAUUGUGGUCUCCAUAAUCAAGGACAGACACAGGACCAGGUCACAUAUUUCACUAAUUUCAGAGUAAAGGAGAUUCAUUCUGAAUUCUAUUUAAUUUAAGUGGCUGGAACUCCUUAAGACUCUUCCAUAUAGCCUAGGCUUGCAAGUUCCAAGAAAGUAGUAAUCAUUUGAACUGAGGAUUUUUCUGAGCCGCCUAAAAGCCAUUAUGAGCCAUCUACAAACUACACUGCUGCUUUACUGCUGUGUGGCAUUUUGUCUAAUCACACUGGGGGCAGCUGAGCAAGCAGAUGGACAGAAUGAGUCAAGAGGAAAACGUAGUAUGCCUAACUGGAGUAUGUCUGCCUCUGAUUUUUAUGGCUGGGUAGAAAACCUGCGCAAUCUGGCUGGCUAUGAAAAGGUCAAUGAGUUAGCCAGAACUUACUGGGCCCAUUUUCCAAUUGCAUCACAUCUUGGCUAUGAAGUUCCUGAAGCAGAAGAAUAAGCAAUGUAAAGGAGAACCGAUCCAUACACAUGAAUGCAAAAUAUCAAUAGUGGUUUAUACAGAUUAAAAAUAGUGUUUAAAAAAGUACAUGUAUUCCGUUAAGUAUGUAUUUUGUAUUUUUGUUUUGAGACCAUGAUAAUGGUUUCAAAUAUUUUUGCAACAAACUGUUAUGUCAUUUCAAAUAAAACAGCAAUUAAUUAAUUUGAUUGCUUUGCUACUUUGAUAAGAAUUGUCACUGCAUUGCUUAGUUGGUUAAA